GUGGUGUGGUAGGUCUGCUCUCAGUGGUGUGGUACAACUGGUAUACUUGUGACCAGGUUUGUGGCAGUUCGAGCAUGUCGUUGUUGUCAUCCUAUGUCUAGAACCCGGCUGAGGCACCUCAUGCACUCCCUUCCUUCUGCUCUUCUUAGGUCUUCCAGGAUGUCUAGUGAAAAUUGGUGGGUCAAUAUCGGGUGUUUCAGUCUUUGCCCAACUAUCUUUGCUAGGGACAGGGUAUAUAAUAUUGUUGUAGGCAACCUAGUACAUAGCCCUUUUGAAGAAUGCACUCAUAUAAUCUUCAGGAUGCUCUUUUUUCUUAUAAAUGCAUGACACUGCAUGUUUGCAUGGCACACCAUUAAUGUCCCACCUUCUACAUCCACAUGUAUUAGCAUCGACAUUAACAACAUAUGUUUUCAAUCCAGAAGUAACUUGCCACAGCCUUUGACCUGCACAUACUGGCCUACAAUGCUUUGCCCUGGUCUUCUCAAGUUCCAACUUCUCUGCAUAGUUUCGCGUGAUCUUCCAAUUUGAAUUAACGAGCCCCUCUCUAUUGCUGUUGUAUCUGACCAUUAGCUUUGUCCUAAUGUUGUCUAUCAUGGUUUGAAUGGGCUUGUUUCUAGUUUCUAGGAUAUACUUGUUGAAUACUUCACUUAAGUUGUUCACCACUAAAUCUGUUUUGCAAUUUGUGUCCAUGUCAUGCCUUGCCCAAUGCCUAGGUGGAAUUUUGGACAACCAUUCCCAUGCACUUUCACUCUCAGCCUUCAAGUCACUCAUAGCAGCAUCAUAAUCAGACUUUUGGAAUCGCACGCAGCUCUCCACACAACAACGAGGGACUCCCAGGUCCCAGUCUCUUCUGGAUCGAAGCCGCCACCUCCUGGAACGAAGCCGCCGCCGCCGCCGCCGGCGACGCUUGGAUCCGACCGGCCACCACACCCCCACACCAGGAGGCAGCAGCCUCUUCUCCUGACGGCAGGUAAGUUGAUGGAGCCCAACGCCGACAAGCUACGCGGUCUUCGCAUCACCUCCCUCGACGAUGAAGAUGAUGAUGAGACAGAACUGCCCGUGACCGUGGCUGCGGCGGCUUCGGGCUAUGAUGACGAUGACGAGGACGAAGAUGAAGAAGCGGAAGUGAUGCUUGGUUUCCUGGAGAAGCCGAAGCAUCCAGGCCUCCUCCUCCGCCACCUCUUUCCUAGCAAGGCCGGAGGCAUCCCGGCGUGGUUGGAUCCCGUGAACUUGCCCUCGGGGAACUCCAGCUGCUGUGGCUUCUGCGGCGAGCCCCUGCACUUUGUCCUCCAGAUUUAUGCUCCUAUUGAGAGCAAUGCAGCAGCAUUCCACCGCACUCUCUUCAUGUUCAUGUGCCCGUCGAUGGCAUGCUUGCACCGAGACCAGCACGAACAGUGGACACGCAACCAAGGCAAUCCUCGUAGAAGCGUGAGGGUUUUCCGGUGCCAGCUGCCUCGUACCAACGUGUUCUACUCAAGUGAACCUCCAAGUCACAAUAACUCUGACAAGCCACUAUGUGCCGGAGCUGCUCUCUGUCAUUGGUGUGGUACAUGGAAAGGGGAUAAAAUAUGUGGUGGCUGCAAGAAAUCACGUUACUGUUCUGAGAAACAUCAGGCACUGCAUUGGCGCUCUGGUCAUAAAAAUGAUUGCCUACAGAUAAUCAAUUCUUCUGAAGCUUCAAGUUCUGUGCUGCCAGCUGUAGGAAAAGUUCCAGCUAGGACUUCUUGGCCGGAAUAUCAGAUAGCAAUUGACGAUGAAGUUGAUUUGGAUUCUGAUGGUUGUGAUGAAAACAGCUCAAAAUCCUUGGUGAUGCAAAAGCAUGGUAAACCAGAUGAUACAAUGCAGUCAUGGAUGGAUCAAUUUGAGGCUGAUGCUGACAACCAAUGCUGGGCAUAUUUUCAAGAGCGUAUCUCAAGAGCACCAGAGCAAGUAUUGAGAUACUGUCGAGAUCCAAAUGUAAAACCUCUGUGGGCUUUAUCAGCUGGGCGUCCAUCAAAUCCUGACAUCCCUUCAUGUAGCUACUGUAAAGGUCCACUAUGCUAUGAAUUUCAGAUAAUGCCACAAUUGCUUUAUUACUUUGGUGUGAGAAAUGAACCAGACUCUCUUGAUUGGGCAACAAUUGUUGUGUACACAUGUAAAGGAUCAUGUGAUCAAAGUACUAGCUACAAGGAAGAAUUUGCAUGGGUUCAGUUAUAUCCUACAUCAAUCUCAAGGCCGUAGUAAUGUUUACCUGUUCCACAGAGUGGUGUCUGCUGCUGCAGGGAGUUGGGAACUUGAAAGUGAUGGUCUACCUUGCAUUUCAACCUGAAGACAGGCGUUCCAAGCCAGAUAGAUCUUUUUUAGAUGUCAACUUCAAUGCAGGGCCAUGGUCCCAAUUAGCUCGCUACAUUGGACUUGGUCUAGUAUUUAGCCACUGGGGCCAUCUAGAGCAUUUGAUGUGAAAUAGUUGUGGUCGCCAGCAUUGCCGGUUCAGUGUGCAUCUUUAUUUCGUUAUAUAGGAUUCUUCGUCUCUUUAUGUGGACACCUUGGACGGUUUUGGGGAUUACUCGUUAGGGUUCUGGUCUAUCUCGUUGGUCUGUUAUUUGAGGCUUCUUGCAUUUCGCUUUCGGCAUUGACCACACCGCAUGUAGAGUAGAGUCUCCACAUUGCCUUUUUUUAGGAGUUGAAAUUUUGAUAAGAACUGUGCUUUUUUAUA